UUAAUGAGCUCGGAGCGGAUUUAAAAGAGGCCUGGGCGGGCGGAGGGAGACUGUGGAGACAGCCCGGAGCCGAGCGCAGAGCGCUGCGGGGUGCCACAGCCGCGAGGCUCCCACCGACGGGCGCAGCAGGAGCGAGUGGAGCCGGGAGGCGCGCUCCGGGUAGAAAGAGCCAAGCCCGGCGCCCGGACGCGCGAGCGCCCUCCCCGAGCCCCUGCUCCCGCGCCGCGCCCCUCGGCCAGCAUGAGGGUCCUGACGGCAGCGCUGCUCCUGCUGCUCCUGGCGCUGUGCGCCGCGCGCGUGGACGGGUCCAAAUGCAAGUGCUCCCGGAAGGGACCCAAGAUCCGCUACAGCGACGUGAAGAAGCUGGAAAUGAAGCCAAAGUACCCGCACUGCGAGGAGAAAAUGGUUAUCAUCACCACCAAGAGUGUGUCCAGGUACCGGGGUCAGGAGCACUGCCUGCACCCCAAGCUGCAGAGCACCAAGCGGUUCAUCAAGUGGUACAACGCCUGGAAUGAGAAGCGCAGGGUCUACGAAGAAUAGGGUGAAAAACCCCUGACGGGAAAGCUUCACACCGGUUGGGACACAAGCAAAGGGCUUUGCAGAUUAAAAAAACAAACCCUUUCUUUCUCACAGGCAUAAGACACAAAUUAAAUAUUGUUACAAAGCACUUUUUACCGGGGGUCAGUUUUUACAUUUUAUAGCUGUGUGCAAAAAGGCUUCCAGAUGUGAGACCCUUCUCUCUUGUGUUCCAGAUUUCGUCACAAGCUGCUUUUUACCGAAGAGGGGAGAAACUCAUGCCUUUCCUUUAUUAAAAAAAAAAAAAAAAAUGCUUUUUUGUAUCUGUCCAGACAUCACUAUACAUCUGAGCUUUAUAAGCACCUAGGAGGAACAGGGAACUUGUUUGAGACAUUUCAUAGCAUUGUUGCUCCCUUCCUAGCGCGGGAAGCUUCCGCUCAGAGGUCCUGGCGCCUGGGCACAGCUGCCACAAGCUCUCCUGGGCUCAUGGUCGGUCACAGCCUCAGGGGGACUCAGCAGCGGUCCCAAUGGCCCCAAUUGUUGGGCAAGCAGGAGCAGAUCUCUCUGCAUCUGUUCUUGGAGGAACUCAAGUUUGGCUGCCACAGAAAUGUGCUUCAUCCCCGGGGUUAAUUUUUACACAUUCCAGGAAACAUUUCCAAGAUCCUGGGAUGGCGAGGCAAAUAAAUGGUCCUUAAGGAAGGUCCUUAAGGAAUGGUCCUUGGGUCUUCUCUCCAACCUGAGCGUUUGUGAAAGUUUCACUGCUUCAAAACCACGUGGAGUUACUGAUGCUGUAGCGAAAAUCUUAGGAGAAAACUUAAAAAUAUACAAAUACACGUACAAUAUACAGCUACAGAUACACAUGCUGUUGACGAGGGAAAACCUUCAAAGCAUGUUUCUUUUCCUCAUGACAAUGGAAUAUGCAGUACUAAAGCAAUCUGUGAUUCCCCACGUAAUUCUUCAGUGUUAAACAGUGCAGUCCUCCUUCGGUGCAGCCCUCUUUAAGAUGACCACACGCCUUUCCCUUUGUAAAUAUACUCUUAGGAAGGCCCCCUCUACACAUGUCCCUUCAGUACGUGCCGUGUUGCAUAUCGUGUCGUAUGCUAUGUAAAUGUCAGAAACCGUUAGCAUUGCAUGCAGGUUUGAUAUUCUUUCUAAGACAAAAAGAAAAGUAAUAAAACAUAUUUGAAAUGUACCAAAA